UGUUUUAGAGAGACUUUAAUAGUUGAUUGCAGAUGAUUAGUAAUUGAUUGUAAAUUACUUCCACAAUUGACAAGCAGGUACGAUUUUGACUUUCCAGACAAAUUAAACUGCAAAAUGCUCAAAGCAAUUGCUUUGCUUGUUUCCACAACGUUGUGAUUUUGGUUCUAAAACCGAAUGCUACGGCGUCGUCUCUGCCAUUAUCGUCUCUGUAGCAAGCACGACAACUCUCCCUCCUCUCUUUUGUUGUUGAUACUCAAAAGACCCGAAGAAAAAGUGCUUGUAUCUAAUUUUCCUUCUCUUAGUGUACUCUCAUCAUCCACACUUUAUCUUGCACGCCACAUGUUCGGUAAAUAGCCUCAAUGGCAUUCUCUUUCUUUACAUGUCUCAAAUGCUACCCUUUGUUUUUUCCCUCUCAUCAGCACCCUCCUUUCUCUUUUUUUCAUAAACCCAUAUCCAAUUCUACUCUUUCUUUCGCUUCGACACAGCAACAUACUGCCACACUCUCUUCAAACUUCACUCCAGCUCAGCUCCUUGACACUCUCCGUCGCCAAAACGAUGAAACCGCUGCUCUUCGUUUGUUAAGUUGGGCCUCCAAGCAGCCUAAUUUCAGACCUAAUUCAUCCAUUUACGAAGAAAUUCUUCGCAAGCUUGGAAAGGUUGGUUCUUUUAAUUCAAUGAAGGAUAUUUUGCAAGAAAUGAAGGGUCUUGAUUGUCAGAUUGAUAGAGGUGUUCUGUUAAUUUUUAUUGACAGUUACGCAAAGUUUGAAUUAUAUGAAGAAAUUCUCUGCAUUGUUGAAGUGAUGGAAGUUGAAUUCGGGUUAGCACUGGAUACUCUUUUGUAUAAUUUCUUGUUAAAUGUUCUUGUUGAUGGUAACAAGUUAAAAUUAGUUGAAAAUGUGCAUUCAACUAUGGUUAGUAAAGGAAUUAAGCCUGAUGUUUCCACUUUUAAUAUAUUGAUAAAAGCUUUGUGUAAAGCACAUCAAAUUAGGCCAGCUAUUUUAGUGAUGGAGGAGAUGUCAAGUUAUGGUUUGGUACCAGAUGAGAAAACAUUCACUACUCUAAUGCAGGGUUUUAUUGAGGAAGGAAAUAUGGAUGGCGCAUUUAGAGUAAAAGAGCAAAUGUUGGAUGCCGGAUGUCCUGUGACUAAUGUGACUGUGAAUGUUUUGGUUCAUGGGUUUUGUAAAGAGGGGAGAAUUGAAGAAGCAUUGAGCUUUAUUGAUGAGAUGUCAAAUGAGGGGUUCGUUCCGGAUAAGUUUACAUUUAAUACAGUAGUGAAUGGGUUGUGCAAGGCUGGACAUGUUAAGCAUGGUUUAGAAGUUAUGGACAUGAUGCUUCAAGAGGGGUUUGACCCGGAUAUAUAUACGUAUAAUACUUUGAUUUCUGGGUUGUGUAAAUUGGGUGAAGUUGAUGAGGCGGUGGAGAUUCUUGAUCAGAUGGUUUCAAGGGAUUGUUCACCAAAUACUGUUACUUACAACACGCUGAUUAGUAGUUUGUGCAAGGACAAUCAAGUUGAAGAGGCUACUAAACUUACUCGUGGUUUGACUAGUAAGGGGAUUUUACCUGAUGUUUGUACAUUUAAUUCUCUCAUACAAGGUUUGUGCUUGACAAGAAAACAUACCAUGGCAAUAGAACUGUACAAUGAGAUGAAAAAUAAGGGGUGCCAACCUGAUGAAUUUACCUACAAUAUGUUAAUCGACAGCCUCUGUUAUAGAGGGAAACUACAGGAAGCCCUUGGCCUGCUUAGAGAAAUGGAAAUAAGUGGCUGUGCACGAAAUGUUAUAACAUACAAUACACUGAUUGAUGGGUUCUGUAAAAACAAGAAGAUUGAAGAAGCAGAAGAAAUAUUUGACCAGAUGGAAAUUCAAGGGCUUUCAAGAAAUUCAGUUACUUAUAAUACUCUUAUAGAUGGCCUUUGUAAGAGUAGGAGGGUGCAGGAGGCUGCUCAACUGAUGGAUCAGAUGAUAAUGGAAGGAUUGAAGCCUGACAAAUUCACAUAUAAUUCCAUGCUUACCUACUUUUGCAGGGAGGGUGACAUUCAGAAAGCAGCAGAUAUUGUCCAAACCAUGACUUCUAAUGGGUGUGAACCCGAUAUUGUCACGUACGGGACCCUGAUUGGGGGGCUGUGCAAGGCAGGUAGGGUUGAGGUAGCAAGUAGGCUCCUUAGGUCCAUUCAACUGAAAGGCAUGGUUCUCACUCCCCAUGCUUAUAACCCUGUCAUUCAAGCACUAUUUAAACGGAAAAGAACCAAGGAAGCCAUGAGGCUUUUCAGAGAAAUGGAGGAGAAGGGUAAUACUCCAGAUGCUUUCACAUACAAGAUUGUUUUCCGUGGGCUAUCCAAUUCUGGAGGACCAAUUGGGGAAGCUGUUGAUUUUGUGAUUGAGAUGAUAGAGAAAGGAUUUUUACCAGAAUUCUCUUCAUUCUACAUGCUGGCUGAAGGGCUUUGUUCUUUGUCUAUGGAAGACACUCUAAUUAAGCUUGUUGACUUAGUCAUGGAGAAAGCAAAUUUCUCACAAAAUGAAGUAGUCAUGAUAAGGGGUUUCCUUAAAAUUCGCAAGUUCCAAGAUGCAUUGGCGACCCUCGGAGGUCUCCUUGACAGCAGAAAGUCCAAGAUAUCAUACAAGUAAAGAGAAAUCUAGUAGUGCAACCAAUUGGAACCUGAAUCAGUUGUAGUUUUACAUGGAUAGUUUGUAGUGAACAUUCCUUCAAUGGCCUCAGUUUCUGUUUAAUCAGUGCUGCAGGUAUUCCUUCAGUAUUCCCAGCUCGUGUUACAUUUUAAAUUGAAGAUGUCACUACAUGAAUUUAGCUGUGUUUUUGUACCAAAUAUAUAGUUUAGUCUAAACUCACUAGGUAAAUCAAAUGUUCCGCAUAUAAAUGUACCAUGAAUCUACUUUAAUCUAAAUUAUAUUAGUUUGUAUUAGAA